GGCACUGCCGAGCAGCCUGGGUGCAGGGAGGCUCCAUCUGAUCCCGCCGGGACGGUGCUGGAGCUUCCCGCGGCCCCGCACCCCACUCCAGGGCGGCUCCGCAGCUGUGUCCAACGCAGCGUCCCGGGGGAGCGGGAUGAACCCCGGCCCCGCGCCCCUCUCGGCGUUGGGACGGGGCUGCCAUUGGCUCCAGCGCAGCGCUGACCGCCACCCGCCUCCAAACUAUUUCCUGUUGCUGCAGCGCUAAUGCUGAACAGACCUCGCUCCCAUUCCCGCUCCCAACCGGAGUGCACCGGGCUCCUGCCGCCGAUCCCCGCAACCCAUGUGUAGCACGUGCUGUCCCCAGGGGCUCUGAGCACAGGAUGGAGAGCCGCAAGCGGGACAUGGAGCUGCUGAGCAACAGCAUGGCUGCCUACGCACACAUCCGAGCCAACCCCGAAAGCUUCGGGCUCUACUUUGUGCUGGGAGUCUGCUUUGGGCUGCUGCUGACCCUGUGCCUCUUGGUGCUGCGGCUCUCCUGCCAGAGCCCCGCACGACCCCUGCCCCGCCCACGGGACCUCAGUGAGGACGAGGAGGAUGAAGACGAGGAUGAUGAAGAGGAGGACACUGUUGACCGUGCAGCAUCAGAGUCAUUGCUGCCAGUGACCGAGAUCCCUCUGGAGAGCCACAGCCCCGGGGACGGGGCCUUGGCCGUCAAUGUCUUCACCUCAGCGGAGGAGCUGGAGCGGGCGCAGCGGCUGGAGGAGCGGGAACGAAUCAUCCGCGAGAUCUGGCGCAACGGGCAGCCUGACCUCCUGGGCACCGGCACCAUGGGCCGCGUCCACUACUACUGAGCCCCAGCACGGGGGCAGCUGCCCCAGAACUCUGCCUGCCUGCCCCCAACAGCUCAGUGAUACCGUGACACCUUCAGGAGCUGCCUGGGAUGAGGAGAUGGGGGGCUGCUGGCUGCCCCUGGGGUGGAGGAGCUGCCCCAAAGCAUCUCUGCACCACUGCCAGCUGGACCUGGUGCUGUGGGUCCAGCCUUGCCCCCCCCACUUUGGGUCAUGAUGCACUUUGAGCCAUUGGUACGACUGCUGGCCCAGCCCCGGGACCCUGCAGAGACAAGGACAGGGCAGAACAUGCCGGGCUCAGGGCUGGAGGGAGGCCGGUUCUGUUGGGCUCCAGUGGGGCUGUAGGUUCGUGUAAGCUGUGGGGUUCCUGCCCCAGAAACAUGGUGCUGUCAGACACUACCUAGAGCCUGCAUGGAGGGGCCCUGUGUGUUGGGCACAAGAUGUGCUGGGGCAGGGAAGGUCCGGAGGAGCAGCUUCCCAGGCCAAUUCCUUCCCUUCGGCCCCACUAAAAUUAGCCGGGUCCUUUCCGGCACCGCCCAGCUCUGACCCGGCGGGGCCGGGGCCGGGCCGCGUGUUUCCCAUCGGGCUCUCGGGGCGGUGGGAGCUCCCCAGGGACCCCAGGCUGCUCCCCGCAGGGCUGAGCCACAUCCUGACCACGCUCCUGGCACCAGCACAGCCUCGCGGGGCGUGGGGACCCUGCUGUCCCUUCCCCAGCCCCCUCCUCGGAAGUUUUAUAAAAAUAGCUCCUUCCCAGGCCGUUUUCCCGUGCCAGCAGGAUCCAGAUGUUUUCCAGAUGUUUCCCCACGCCUGUGGCUUGAGGCCAGGAUGUGCUGGGGCUGGGCUGGGAAAUGAUGCGGAGGAGGAGGAGGAGGAUGCAGCACUGCCCCAGCCUCACCGUGAGCCCCGGCUGAGAAAAGGGGCACAGGAUGGUGAGGGGCACUUGCUCACCCUGGGACCAAAUGGCAGAGGCUGCAGCCAGACCUGUGACUGCCACCACCUCAUCCUGGCCCCUGGAGCUGAGCAUCACGGGCUCCUCCACGGGGCAACCUUGCUUCUGCACUGAGCCAGCUCUGCUGGGACCCCCUGUGCAAUAACGGGACCCCCUGUGCCCAGUGGGACCAACCCAGCCCUGCCCAACCCAAGGGGAGGUGGCAGCUCACUGCAGAGCACGAAGCUGUACCCAAAAUAGUUUAUUUUAAACAUUUACACACCCACAGGCUGUCACAUAGCCUUGGGGUGACACGGGAGGGCAGGGAGCAGUGCCCAAGGGAUGGGGGGUUGUGACCAGGUUGGUGCAGACCCCAGCUGGGGGGAAGGGGGGUGGCACUGGUACAGUUCAUCAGCCAGAACUGCAGCCAGCAGGGGUGUGGGGAUGAGGGUGCCUCACUAGCCCCUGCUCCUCCUCAGCUUCCCCACCUCCCAGGAGCAGCACAGCCCUGAGCAGGUGCUGGACCUGGGACUAUCUCCAGGUGUGGGACCCCCAUGGUCAGUCACUCCAUCCUACCUGCCCACAAGGCUGCCCACGAGGCUGUGGUGCUGUGCCAGGCUCCUCUGCCACCGACCCUCACCAUGCAGGUGGCACUGGAGGAAACCAUCUCCGUGCUGGGAAGAAGUCAAAGCUGAGCACAUCUCUCAUGCACACUCCACCCUUGCACCACACAGGGCUCCUCCUGACCCCUGACUGGGCCCAGCCCUGGGUCCCUAAACCACCACACCCACCCAUGGGGUCACCUGUGGCCAGUGCCUACUCUGACAGCACUGAGGCUCCUUCAGAGCAACUGCAUGGGAUGUGGUGACACCAAACCCCAGAUGGAGCAGAGGAUCCACGCGGGGCAGACGAGGCUGAAUUCACCCAGGAACAAACUGCCUUUGAGGGGCAGCAAUGGAAAAGCAUUUACUGCCUGGCACUAGCAAGGGACACAGACCCUUGUCUGGGUGGCAGCUGACUGGUGGAAAACCCCCUGGAGCCAUGACCCUCAGCAAGGAGCUGAGGAUGGAGCUGGGCAUGGAUGGAGCUGGGUGACUCAAUCCCUACAGCAGCAGUGCUGGGGCUCUUCCCCCAACACUACAAUUACAGGGAACACAAAGGGGCUCAAAGUAACACCAGCACCCCCACUGCCUGGUUCCCUGCUCACCCACUGCUUCAGCAGGCAAGUGUCUCCCCAGCUCAGAACACCAAACAAAGCAGAGUUACACCUACU